AGUUAGAUAUUUGGUUUCACGCCCGCUGGUCUAAGAGGAUUUCUAUUGUUCUCAGUGAAGCUUAGAAGCGUCAAUAGUUGUUUUUUUCUUGUGGGGGGCGGGGAGGGAAUUGAGCUAUUGGUGAAGUUUCCCCCGCCACGCGCUAGUGUUUACUACAGCACGCGUUGAAGCCUCACUCAUACUGUGAUGUUUUGUUCUUCUUCAGCUCCAGCAGUGGUAGUGGUGGUGCCAUCUGGGACGGGAUAACCUGGCAGACGAGAUAGUCAGUCUGCCCCGCUCACUCACUUCAUCCCCGCGGCGCCCACACCACCAUGGCCGCCCUAUUCCGCCGACUGUGCCUCCUGGUGCUGACAGAGGCCUGCUACGAUGAAUUCUUCGUCAAAUUUAACUUCUUUGAUGUGCCAUGUCUUAGGGCGGCAUUGAGCAAGGGGCUGGGGCUGGCCAUCGUGGGGGGCAGUAUUCUGGUGAAGGUGCCGCAGAUCAUGAAGAUGGUGAAGGCCCAGAGUGGUGAGGGAAUCAGUGUAGCUGGCACGUCGCUGGAGCUCACUGCCAUCGUGUUCAAUGUGGCAUACAGCUUUGUCAAUCACUACCCCUUCAGUUCGUAUGGGGAUGGGGUGUUCCUCCUGCUGCAGACAGCUGUCAUUGGCAUGCUGGUGUUUCUCUAUGGAGGUGCUACAAAGAAGGGUGUCCUGUACAUCCUCUCAGUGUUCACCAUCACUGCUGUGCUCUGCUCUGGCCAGCUCCCCAUCAAGUUCCUGUGGGUGCUCCAAGCCUCAAAUAUUCCUGUGGUGUUUGCUGGGAAGAUGGUGCAAGCUGUUACCAACUUCAGAAAUAGCAGCACGGGCCAGCUGUCUGCAGUGACAGUGACAAUGCUCUUCCUGGGUGCCAUGGCACGGAUCUUCACCUCCAUCCAGGAGACGGGCGACCCCAUCAUCAUCCUGACCUAUAGUGUGGCCACCUUUGCCAACGGAGUGAUCAUGACUCAGGUUCUCUAUUACUGGAACGUCCCGGCCAAGACCAAGAAGGAGUAGCCAGCAAGGGACGUCCACCAGAUUCAGAUGGAUAGGCCUGGUUUGUCAAGGUCAGGGUGAAGUAGCCAAGCUGGUCGUAGGGUGAAUGUUCAUAUAAGUUUGGGAGGCAGGGUCUGGUCAUUGAACAAGGAGGAUACCAGUGUAGGUUUGUGGGACUUUGUUAUGUGUGGGGCCACGUGAACCUCAGUUGUUAUUGUUAUGUAGUGUGAUAGAUGCACUCUUUUUUCUUACUUGAACACUUUAGGUAGGGAUUUUCUUGAAGGCUUUAGGUAGGUAGGUACAUUCCAGAUCCUCUUUUUGUACUUGCUCUUUUUUGUAGUUAGACAAGUGAACAAACUACAAGCAACACAGUAAAAGACAAUACCUUGUGGUACUAUAUGAGCAGCUGGAAGGUGAUGAAAUUAUUGUGAGGUGGUUGACCUUACUGCAGAGGAGCAUUCAAGUCCUCCCCUGUCCACAUCCCUGUACCCUCUCACCACACACACACACACACACACACACACACACACACACACACACAAAGAAAUAUGUUUGUAUUUAAUAAUCUUACAGAUCUCAAUUAGUUUGGUGCUAGCUUGUGUCCAGAUGAUUUAUUUUAUUUAUUUUAUUUGUUUUAUUUGAUUUAUUCUUUAUUAGCUUUAGGAGAUAUGUAAGACUUACAUUAAUCCAUAACAAACUAUGGAUAUCAGAUACAGGGAAUGAUGAUUUCAAGUAUCAGUGUAGACUUCUCUUUGUAGCAUCAUGGAGAGCACCAAGCACUUUACUUUGAUGUUGCUUAUAUUCCAGCAUCAAGUAGUGUUGAGCGUGGCACAGCUACAGUGCUAUGGCAGGGUGAGGGGAGUGGGUGCUCCUGCAGUGAGGUCAGUGUGGAGUCCUUGAGUGAGCUGGUGAUACAGUAUUGUGUGCUGCUGAUACAGUGUAUCAGUUGACAUUAAUUGCUAUGUAAUUCACUUACUGUAUAAAGUAUAACUAAAUUUAAACAUGUAAAUAUUCAGAGUUCAGGUAAAUAAAUGACUAACUAACUUCUUAUAGUUACCAAUCCAUUUUUAUACUGUGAUUUAAGAAUAAAUUUUUUUGUUGACU